GAACAAUCGCGUUGACUCAUACCACCUCCCCCUUCGUUAUUCUAUCAAGAUUGCUGCAUGCAGAUAGGAGGCAGGAAUUCUAAAUCCUUGGGCGCUGGCACUUGAAGCCCGCCCUCCGUGUGAACAACACCAAUGCGCUCGAUAGUGUCUCUUCCAAUCUUCCUUUGCCCGGCCCUCGAUCGCACCUUGACCGCAUCAACCACGUCUAUGCCACGCCGGCUCCGUUCGUCGUAUAUUGCCUUCAGCAAGCGAUCUCUUUCGACUCAACCGCAAAGAUUGUCCUCGUCGCAAUUUCAUCGUUCCGACUUUGCAAAUCAACCUUUCACCGGGACCUACGAGCCAGGCUUGCCUACGUCUGGCCCAUUAGCUGGAGCUUCGAUUUAUGGUACUCCUCGCCUGACUCCGAAAGCUCUGAAGCAGCAUCUUGAUCAGUUUGUCGUCGGCCAAGAGCGAGCUAAGAAAGUGUUGAGCGUUGCCGUAUUUAAUCAUUAUCAACGAAUACAAGAGCUGCAGAGACGUGAAGAGGAAGAAGAAGAGCUGCUUGCACAGAGGGAAAGAAGAGAGCGGCAUCCUGUUGAAAAUGAGUUCCCAGGUCAACAGUCCACGAUCCGCAUGGGCGGACCCUCAGCUACCCUCAACCCACGGACAGGCGGCUCGCUCUUAGUGGAUACAAGUCCUCUGACUCUGGAAAAGUCGAAUAUCUUGCUUCUGGGUCCCAGUGGUGUGGGAAAGACACUGAUGGCAAAGACUCUUGCUAGAGUUCUCUCUGUCCCCUUUUCCAUGUCUGAUUGCACACCCUUCACUCAAGCUGGAUACAUUGGCGAGGAUGCCGAGGUUUGCGUCCACCGGUUGUUGGCAGCAGCGAACUAUGACGUCGAAAGAGCCGAGCGAGGCAUCAUAUGUUUGGAUGAAGUUGACAAAAUAGCAACGGCUAAGGUCAGCCAUGGCAAAGAUGUGUCAGGCGAAGGCGUCCAGCAAGCACUUCUGAAGAUCAUCGAAGGGACGACCAUCCAGAUCCAGGCAAAACCCGAGAGGAAUGCUCCUCGAGCAGGUGGACAGUCACAGACCUAUCCCACCAACAGUCCCUUGGGCGCCGGCUUCUCAUCUGGAUCGUCGGGGCCCUCUGCCACCCCAGCAAAAGGCGAGGUUUAUAAUGUUCGAACGGAUAAUAUCCUCUUUAUCUUCAGCGGUGCAUUCAUUGGCCUUCAAAAGCACAUCAUGGACCGGCUGACGAAAGGGAGCAUUGGGUUUGGAGCCAGUGUACGAUCUAGCUCCAAUUUAGCCUCCUACAGUCGCGAUCCGAAAUCCACCACUAUCACUCCAGUCCCCAUCCUGCCAGGAUCCCAAGAAGAGGCUCUCUACAAGAAACAUUUGCCCUUCUUCACCCCGGCGCCAGCUCCUGAGCAGACAACUAUGGAUGGCUCUGCCCCAGAACCGAACUACUUCAACCCUUUGGACCUGGUCACCCCAGCCGAUCUACAAUCCUACGGCUUCAUCCCCGAGCUUAUCGGACGUAUACCGACGACUGCCGCCUUAGCCGCCCUCACCCACACUCUUCUAUUGCGUAUCCUGACAGAGCCGCGCAACUCGCUAGUGGCGCAAUAUGUCACGCUGUUCUCGCUCUCAGGCAUCGAGCUCCGCUUUACUACCCCGGCUCUCCACGUAGUUGCUUCAAACGCUCUCGCCAUGGGCACAGGAGCUCGAGCUCUGCGAACGGAAAUGGAGACUAUCCUUGGUGAUGCUAUGUUCGAAGUGCCCGGGAGUAGCGUCAAAUAUGUGUUGGUAACCGAACGCGUGGCAAAGAGAGAAGAAGGAGCCAUCUACUUUGGGAGGGGCCAAGGUGGCAAGUUCCACGCUCUGAUCGCUCAGGAGGAAGGGGACUGGGAAGACAAGCAGAAGAGAAAGGACCCUAACCGGAAAGGCGAGGCGGCAUCCGCCAGCUUUGAAGACUGGAGAACGAAGACAACAAUAGCUGCUGGAAGCGGUGGCUGAGAUUAUCCACGUCGGCUGUCCUCCUAAUGAGACGAUGACGAAUGAUGAACAUCAAAAUCACCUCUAUUGAUUGACCAAUGCACUCACCAUAUGGGAUUUCCUGGAUUUGCCGUAAACCGACCUCAUCCAAAGGCCUCGACUUGAUGGACAAUGGACAUGAUAAGAGGUCUCUAGCCGCACCGAAUUGUAUUCAGAGUCGGAGUUCGACCUUCGGCAGCCUUGCCCUCAUCACCCUCAGCCUUGGAUUGUACCUCACCCUUGGUCUGGACACUUCACAUACUCAUCCUUUCUCCUCGCCAAGCAGUCGACCUCAAUAUAAGCGGAUCCUCUUGCCCGAAAAUUCAAGAAUAUCUGUUACACUGGUCAAUUUCCUGUCGCCUUUGGGCACCAAUUAUCGUGACCACCUACGAACAAGAGCUGAUUACAGUCACAAAAGUGGACUCACCCAGAGACUGUCGAGCCUUGCUGGCUACAGAGGUACUUGUGACCUUUGUGGUGACAGCGUUACGGCCAGGACGCAUAGGGUAAAAAUCUGAAAGCCCCUAGCGGGCUGUCUGCAAACUUCCGGGAACAUCUGUUCUGCAGGGAGGCACCGAUUUUUUGUCUCCCUUGGGGGGGUUCAAUUCUCGCUGUGGGCGUGAGAUUUCGCUUUUUUACUGGUUUUUUUGGGCUCUAUAGAUUGUCAGACUAGUUUUGUGGGUUUGUGGGAGGAGGUGCGGCAGAAAUGGUUCUGGCGCUGUGAGUGAAUCAUGGCGCACAGCUGGAAAGCAUGAGCACAAUCGGGCAAGAGGCAGUUCGAGGUUGCAUACUUGGCGCAGAAUCUUUCAGGCGGCGCAAGGCAAUGACUUGUCAACAGAAGCACCCUCAGGCAUCAUUCCGUGAGCCGAGCAAGUGCUUUUACAGAUUUCAAGGACACUUGUCUGGGAAGACUAGCACUGCGCAUCAGCCAGCCUUUGAGAGGGACUACAUCACUCUCGGCCCAGGAAGCGAUGCUCACAAACUCAACCCACUGGAGUUUUCCACCCCUGGUGAAGAUGUGGAUAUCGAGCCAGAUUCAAGGAGUGGAUUAGAGAAACAAGACAAUAUCAACAGCCUGGAGCGUGAACACCAGCAUUGAAUAGCAGGCGACGAAGGGAUAUAUCAUUCCGCCUGGGGACUCGAGUCUGAACUGCUGGAUAUUGGCAGAAUAGAGUGAAGGAUUCUAUUCUUCCUUGAAUCCAAAGCGAUACAACAUGUCAACAAAGGUGACCAGUGUUUGUGCUAUCGUGUAUAGCAACCCACAGAAAAGGGGCUCACAGCCUUGACUUGGCCCAAAGCGCCUGACAAAUCCUCCAUGUUCAUUGCAUCAUAUGCCGUGCGGAGCGUGAACAAGCAUUCGGCACCAUCGGUAUUCUUGCAGAUUUUGUCUCUGCCAUUUGGUGCCAGAGAGUCAUUUUGAACCGCGUCGGCCCUGACAAAAGUUUAGGCAUUCGUGUGCCUCGCUUCAAGCAAGCUUCGGAGCCGCUGUACUCCAUCGAGGAAUAUAGCCACCAGAGCUGUAUGGCUGGGUGGCCUACUAGUGGCCUUAUUGUGACGUAGGGGCGAUUCGGCGAUGCUCGGAUCCUUCUCCAUUGGUUCCUUAUUAA